AAAAAAAAAUCAAAUCUCUCCCCUCCUCACUCACGCCUGCAGGCUCCAGAACACCCCCUCGUUUUCUUCAGCCGCCAGACCGCUGCUUGUCGCCGACAGCAGUGGCCGGCACUCCAGUUCCGUCAACCGCCGCCUCCACGAGUACCAGCGCCGCCAAUUUUCCCUCCACUCGCUCGUCUUCCGUGCACCAGCGCGCACGCCGGCCGUCGAUCCCUGCAGUCGUGCGCCGUCCAGUCGCCAGCCGUCGCAUACCUCAACGCCGGUGGUUGGCAGUGCCGUUUUAGCAGCCGUCUCCUCGACGGAGUUUGAUUUGGGUGGUAGGUACCCAUUGUGUUUUGGAUUUAGAUUGAAGAUUGGGAAUAAUUUUAGUUGCUAUCCGGCGGUGUUUUGGGCGUUCGACGUGGAUUCAAGGGGUUAAAGUGUGUUAAGUCUUCUGUUAGCGAAUUUAAGGCUGAUUCGUCAACUUGUUGGUUGAAUUCUUGUUUUGUGGCUUGGAAGUGGUUUUGGUUUAAGCUGCAAAUUGGGGUUAAUUCAAGAAGAGUUUAAUUGCUCGAAUUCAUUUUGAGAUUCUUUUUCCUGAAAAGUAGGAAUGGUGGGCCUUUCUAUUGGAGAGAAGCUUUUCAUACAAGGUGGUAUUGCUCAGGAUCUUCGCACUGAUGGUCGAGGGAGACUAACUUAUCGACCAAUUUCUGUAGAAACUGAUGUGAUCUCUCAGGCAAAUGGUUCAGCAAGGGUCAGAAUGGGUGGUACUGAAGUUAUUGCUACCGUGAAGGCUGAACUUGGAAGGCCUAAUCCAAUGCAGCCUGACAAAGGGAAGGUUUCGAUCUCUGUUGAUUGUAGCCCAAUUGCGGAGCCAGCGUUUGAGGGUAGGGGUGGUGAAGAGUUGUCAACAGAACUCUCGGUCGCUCUCGAUCGGUGUCUCUUAGGUGGAAAGAGUGGUUCAGGGGCUGCGAUUGACCUUUCAUCUUUGAUAGUUGUGGAAGGGAAGCUUUGCUGGGAUCUCUAUAUUGAGGGCCUGGUCAUAAGCUCAGAGGGCAAUCUUUUAGAUGCCCUUGGAGCUGCCAUUAAGGCUGCUUUGAGCAGUACAGGCAUCCCAAAAGUCCACGUUGCUGCAGAAUCAUCAGCCAACGAACAACCUGAAGUUGAUGUAAGUGAUGAAGAAUUUCUACAGUUCGACACAUCUGGGGUUCCAGCCAUAGUUACAUUGACAAAGGUGGGUAAGCACUACAUCAUUGAUGCUACUUUGGAAGAAGAAUCUCAAAUGAGCUCUGCAGUCUCCAUAUCCGUCAACAGGCAUGGUCACAUAUGCGGGUUGACAAAACGUGGCGGUGCAGGGCUCGAUCCAAGCAUAAUUCUCGAUAUGAUAUCUGUCGGCAAACAUGUCAGUGAAGAGUUACUAGACAAGUUGGACUCAGAGAUUGUGGCUGCUCAAGCUGAUGAAGAAGAAUGACAAAGCUUUUAAAGAUCCCUUAUUGUUGUUCAUCUACAUCGUAGAAUCUUAGAUUGAUAAUCUUCAAUGGAAUUCUAGUCUAGAUGGUAUAUUGAUGAUUGUAAGGUAGCCAUCUUGUAAAAUUGGUAGUGUUUUGGACCUUUGAUUCUGUCAUGACAUUUGUUCAAUGACAUAAAGUAUGUAUCUUUGAUCAAAGAGUUAAAGGUUUGAAUUAUUCAUAUAUUGUUGAGCAAA